AAUACAGGAAUCAAUCGACAAGGCCAUGCUUGAUGUUUAUGCUUCGAGGAAGAGAAAGGUGGAACAUGAGUGGUGUAAAAGCGAGAUCUAUCACAUAGUUCAAAGGAAGCGGACUGCCUAAGUCCCUUGUCAACCUAGGCCCCCUAAUUAUUUCUUACCCCCCUCCAACUAGCUACAGCAUACCAGCAUUCGCAAUCCGCAGUCCUCAAGCUGGUCAGACCCAUGCAAAGUGCGGAAGUACACCAUGAUUCUCAGCGGACUCGAAGUCGUCACCCGCCAGUUGGUGCGCAACCUACGACAUGUUCCCCAGCAACGACAACCCUGCGGAGUCGACCUUACUCUACGCCAGGUCUUCAAAUGGACCUCCGCGGCAGCCAUUGACUUCGACAAUACCAAGCGUCAAGCAGCCCAAACGUCUCGCCUGCCCUUCGACACCACCAGCCACGCGAUCACACUACAGCCAGGCGCCUACUUAGUCGACUUCAACGAAACCGUCCACGUCCCGCGGAAUUGCAUGGGAAGCGUAUUUCCCCGAUCGUCGCUCUGGCGGUCUGGCGUGGGGAUCGCGGCCGGCGUGGUCGACGCUGGAUAUGAGGGUGCGAUGGGGGCUUUACUGGAGGUGAAGAACCCCCAUGGAGUGGUGCUUUACCGAAAUGCCAAGCUCGCCCAGAUUGUCUUCGAGGAGCUGGGGGAAACGGUCGAGGGGUAUCAGGGGAUCUACCAGUCUUCGACGAGCAGCGUGGGGCGCGAUGGGACAAAAGGCUGAGUGAAGAUGAAAGGAACAAACAAAGUGCCGGACGAGGUCGGAUGAUUCGUUGAUUCGGGAAUCAUAGAGUCAGGUGCGCGGUGACUCAAGUUUUGAGAUCUUUGUGUUCUUCGUGAUCUAUGCAUAUCCCACACAAAGGGAACAGAGAUAAGAGUCAAUGACUCCUCGUGGCAGAUCAAUUUUAGUUUUGGUUUCUGCUUCGUCCGGUUGUUCCGAGUUGCAGAUGAUGGCUGCGGUAUUACAGGAGGGAGGAAUACGCCGCACGAU